AUGACUUCUUAUAUUGAGAUGAGUUUAGAAGACAUUAUACAAAAAAAGAAAAGAGAAAAUUCCAGGAAUAAUAGCAAAGUGAAGAAACAAUUACCUCCUAAAAAACAAGUACCUGCUCAAAAGUUGAAAAUAAUAGAUGCUCGUAAUAAAAUUAUAUCUAAGAAGAGGACACAAAUAACUGAUGCUAGAGAAAAAUUAGCUGAACUUGCAAAGCAAAAGGAUGCUCGCUUAAAAUUACAGCAGUUAAGGGAAAGAAGACAAGCUGUCCCUAAAGUUCAAGAUCAAGUUUUUCAUCGUAGAGAGACAUUUUUGAAAACAAUACCUAGAAAAGAAAGAGUUUUUGUGGAUCCAUCUAGGCAGGUUACAAGACAACCGCUUUCUCACACUAAAGUUUCAACAAGGCGCCAAAUAAAUAAUACCAGUAACAAGAUAAUUACAGAUAAACGCACUGUUGGAUCUCGUUCUUUGGCCAGCUCUGCCCCAUUAAAACCUAUACUUCGUACAGUUGAAAAUGAUAUUGAAAUUAUUGAUGAGCCUAUGGAAGACGACCAUAUUUUUAGACAAACUGCCUUGUCAAAUAGGAAGGCAAGCUUACAGUUAAAGAUAGUUACCCAUAAUCAUGACUUACGGAAUAACAGAAGUUCGACAAUUCGCAGAAGUGCUGUUUUGGAAAAAGAUCCAAGUCCCCCAAGGCCACCAUCUAUACUUAAAAAACGUCCUAUGGCAGCUUUAAGAAAUGAAAAAAAAGAAGAAAAAACGGAGAAGCCAGUUUUGGAAUACAGAAUAAUUGUUAGUAAUUUACGUAACACUGUCACAGGGGGUGAUAUUGAAGAAUUAUUCGGUGAUGUUGGUGGAAUGUUAGAGUCACGUUUAGUACGUCCAGGAACAGCAGAAGUAAUAUACAACAGUAUAGAAGAUGCUCAGAGAGCCGUUGAUUUAUAUCACAAUCGACAGUUGGACGGACAGCCAAUGAAUUGUCUUCUAGUAACACCACGAUCGACACCUACAAAUGUGCGGACCAGUACCAAGCCGGCGUUGUACAGCACUAAUUCAAACGUAGAACCAGAUAUUUCCACUUUUCACAAAGUGCUAUUCAGCAACUUUUAA